AUGGGGGUUCCCAAUAUGAAGUUGUUGGCGCAUAUGGUGAGCAAUAUAAGGUUGAAAGAAUGGACUUGUGGAUGUAGGAAAUGGGAUCUGUCAAGCCUUCUUUGUGUCCAUGUUGUGGCUGUUGCAAACUACAUGGGUGAAGAACCAGAAAAGUAUGUGCUUCAUUACUAUAAAGUUGAAACCUAUCUGCGGAUUUAUGAGAACAUGUUGACUCCAAUCAAUGGUAGACAAAUGUGGCCAACAACUCAAUAUGGUAAAGUGAUACCACCUGAUGUGAAGAAAAGAGCUGUGAGGCCAAGACUGAAUAAGAGAAAGGACACAGAUGUCCCAAUUGAUGCAACUAAUUCAAGUAAGCUGGGAAGGAGGGGAACUUAG